AUGGCGGCGUCAAUAACAGAUGACAACGUUGUUGCCGAGGAUAAGGCAGUCAGACAUGAAAUCUCCGACGAGGAGAUUCGCUAUGGUGACUCCGAGAAGAACGAGAAGCUUAAAACCGGAAUAAGCAGCGCUGUCCCCGUUGAUAGUGACGACGACAAUAGUGGACAGGACAACGCCAGCGACGAUGUUAUCAUCAUUACCGGCGCUGAUGCAGCAGCUCAUCUAUUGCCGCUGCGAGAUGAUGGGGAGCCUUCCGUGACAUUCCGAAGUCUCUUCCUGGCUACAUGUCUCUCUGCUUUUCAAGCUAUUAUGAGCCAGAUCUACCAGUUCAAACCAACGGCAGUAACAAUUUCAGGAACGUUUAUUGUCCUCAUCGCCUACUUCGCAGGCAAUGCGUGGGCUACGUUUCUUCCUCGCGGUGAUCGAUUAAGGGCACGAUGGGCAGCCAAGCACGGCCAAGCAAAGGUGCCCCUCUGGAUAACUGUCGCCUCUUUCAUCAACCCCGGACCCUGGAACCUCAAAGAACACGCUGUAUGUGCUAUUACAGCCACAUCAGCCUCAAACGCCUCUGCCAGUAUUACAGUAUUCACUGCACAAGAUCUAUUCUACAACCUACCCUUGACUGCAUCUACUGUCGUCUUGAGCACAAUCUCCAUUGGUUUAUUCGGCUAUGGCAUCUGCGGCAUGCUGCGUCCUAUUGCAGUCUGGCACGUGGAAGCUGUCUACUGGAGCACUCUUCCUACUGUGAAGACACUCCAAGGACUGCACUGGCAAGACUUGAAGGGUUCUAAACCACUUCGAUUCUUCUGGUACAGCUUUGUGGGAAUGUUCUUUUACGAGUUCUUUCCAGCUUACAUUUUCCCGUUUCUGAAUUCCGUCUCUAUCCCGUGUUUGGCAGCCAUGCGUGCCACUGGUUCAAAAGCAGCUGUCCUUACGAACCUUUUCGGCGGCUCGAUAAACAACGAAGGGUUGGGAUUGUUUAGUCUUUCUUUCGAUUGGCAAUAUAUUACGUCUUUCAACACCUCUCUACCCUUGACGUUACAAGCUCAUUCCGUAGCGGGAUAUAUCGUUUGUUACGCUGUGAUGCUCGCCAUCUAUUAUACGAAUUCUUGGAAUGCAAAGUCGCAGCCAUUCAUGUCUACGCAACUCCGAGCUGAAGAUGGUUCCAAGUAUCCCAUCGCGAAAGUGUUUGUUGGCGGCGUGCUCGACGAAAGCGCUUUGCAGAAGUAUGGCAUCCCUAAGCUCACAGGAAGCUUUGCUUACGCCAUGUUCAUGGCAAAUGCCGCAAUCGGAGCCCUAGUUGCUCAUUGCGCUCUGUUCUGGGGCGGAGACAUCAAGAGAGCAUACAAGAGCGCAAAGAGCGGACGAUACGACGACCGGCAUCACGCACACAUGGCUGAGAACUACAAGGAGACACCAUGGUGGUGGUACAUCGUGGUACUUGUUUUCAGCUUUGUCCUCGGUCUUGUCGUUGUAAUCAAGGAAAACAUUACGCUUCCUGCAUGGGCUUAUAUCGUAUCGCUGCUCCUGGGAAUCUUUAUUGCGCCUUUCAGCACCAUCCUCUACUCACGAUAUGGCAACGGCAUUGCCACCAACAAUCUGUCCAAGAUGUUGGCUGGUCUGAUGCUUCCGGGCCGCCCCGUCGGCAACAUGUACUUUGCUGCUUGGUCACACAACGUUAUUGUGAAUUGUGUCAAUUUGUGCAAUGACUUGAAGAUGGGAGAAUAUCUGAAAAUUCCUCCUCGAGUCAUGUUUGUGACACAAAUCUACGGAACUAUCCUGGGCGGCUUUGUCAACUACGGCAUCAUGAUCAGCAUCGUCGGCGGUAACCGCGACCUCCUUGUGGACGGCAAUGGAAACGCUUCAUGGAGUGGUGCGACCAUUCAAUCAUACAACACCAAUGCGACAUCUUGGGCCCUCGCAAAGUAUCUUUACAAGGCGGGUGCAGAGUACGAAAUGGUGUCUGUCGGAUUGGCUAUCGGUGCUGCAGUGGUUGUAGCCCAUCGUGUAUUCGCAUACUUCGUCCCUAAGAUCCGGGGCUUUUCGACCUACGACAUCAACAUGCCUCAGUUCAUUCAAUAUGCGGGAUACAUCCCGUACAAUGCGUCCCAGACUUGCGUCAUCUUGAGUCAGGUCCUCGCCGGAUUUUUCACUCAGUUCUAUCUGCGAAAUUAUCGACCGCGUAUCUUCAAAGAUUACUCGUACCUCAUUACUGGUGCCUUCGAUGGUGCCAGUCUUACUGCACUAUUCAUUCUAUCGUUUGCAGUUUUCGGGGCCGGCGGCCGUUCUGUCCCCUUUCCCUCAUGGUGGGGAAACCAUGUCGACGGCUACUAUGACUUCUGCCCGGCCCCAGAGUAA